AUGGCGAACAUCGUCACCCGGCCCCUCAGCAUCUUCCGCAAACACGACUCCAAGUCCCAGUCGCUGCCGCAAUCACAUUCACUACACACCAGAUGGGGCGACACAACCAUCUCCGCGCCAACGGACGGCUCCUGGGCCCAAUACACUACCUCUGCCCCUCCUCAAUCUUCCUCCUCGACCCGCAGGAGCAAGAGCAAGAGCAAGAGCACGGAUAAGCCAGCCUACGAAGUGGAAUACGUACCUCGCACGCAUCAACUCAUCGAGUCCCGCCCAAGCUCGACCCUAACCCCAACGUCCACGUCCACCACUUCAACCUCGACCUCGACCUCCCUGUCACGGCGUCUCUCUAUACGUCUGACGCCUAGAUCAAGGUGCUCCCGCUCGUACUGUGACACAACCGAACGCCAACCCCUCGUCGAGCGCCGGGCCCAGUUCGCCUACAAACCCAUCCACCAGGAUUAUCUCAGCGAAGUGGCCAAAAAGACAGCUGCGGCACCUCGAAUCACUUCCAACAGCGUCGGCGAGCGACCAAUAUCUCCGUCUCCAACUCCCCCUUCGUCGCUGGAGCCCACGCCGUCCCCGUCGUGGUCGCGCUUCCGGUAUAUCCCUGCCUACCCGCAGUACGAGGAGGAAUUCGCUCGCUCGCGUUCAUUGCGCGCGUAUUCGGUCUCUUCGAGUGGUAGUUACCGUGCUGGCGACGAUGAGAACUGGGAAGAGGAGUUCAACCUGGACUCCAGCUCCCGGUCUCGGAGUUGUUCGUCGGCGAAGAAAAGGGUCUCGGGCAGACGCAUGACCAUGACAAUGGUUCCUGAUGCGGAUGAAAUCUACGGAUGA